AUACGAUACAUUCGACGAUCAUCGUCUUCAGCUUCUGGAGAUCUCUUCUGGGAAUCGAGCAUCGCUGUUGCAGAUUUUCUCAAUUUUUAGAUUCGAAUAGACAUGAUACAUUUUGUGCUCCUAGUUAGUCGGCAAGGAAAAGUAAGGCUCACCAAGUGGUAUUCGCCUUAUACACAGAAGGAAAGGUCUAAGGUCAUACGCGAACUCAGCGGCGUAAUUCUGAACCGAGGUCCCAAGCUCUGCAAUUUUAUCGAAUGGAGAGGAUACAAGGUUGUCUACAAAAGAUAUGCAAGCCUGUACUUCUGCAUGUGCAUUGAUGAGGCGGAUAACGAGUUAGAAGUACUAGAGAUUAUUCAUCACUACGUCGAGAUUCUUGACCGUUAUUUUGGCAGUGUGUGUGAACUCGAUCUGAUUUUUAACUUCCACAAGGCGUAUUAUAUAUUGGAUGAGCUGUUGAUCGCCGGUGAGCUUCAAGAGUCGAGCAAGAAAACAGUGGCGAGGAUAAUAUCAGCUCAGGAUCAAUUGGUGGAGGCUGCGAAAGAGGAGGCUAGUUCCAUAAGUAAUAUAAUUGCUCAGGCUACAAAGUAGUUUCUUUCUUCUCUGGUCUUACGCAGAGUUAAAAUAUCGGAAACGUUUUAAUAUUUCCUUGUUUUCUGAGUAUUCUCUUAUAAACCACACUUAUGUUUUUCAUGUCAUCUGUUUAUUUGUUUGGUAAGAAGAAAGAAGUAUUAAUCUUUUGUGGGUUUAUAAGUAAUGAUUUUUAGUGAUGAUCCAAGUCUUGGAUAUUGUUUUUGUAAGGACAACAUACAUUCUUUGUUGUGAUCUAUCAUAUAUGAUGAUUGAUAAGAAAGAGUAUUA